GAUCUGUCACCAUUUUAAAACCCACCACCCUCUCUUCCUCCAUUUUCUUGCUCUCAUCAAUCUCUUUUUUUUUUCUCUCUCUCUCACAGCCAUUCCGCCAUGGACACCGGCUUCAACCGACACCGCCACCGUUCCGUUAACGACCUCGACGACUCCGAGAACUCCAACAGCGGAGGAGAUUCGCCGCGCUCCUCCGCCGUCUCCACUGAGACCAAGAUCGCCUCCACAUCAUCUCCCAAAAGAAGCAGGAGAGCCAUACAGAAAAGAGUGGUGUCAGUGCCAAUCAAGUCCGUUGGAUUAAAGCAGAAGGGCGAUCAAAUCGGCGCACCACCGUCCGAUUCAUGGGCGUGGCGUAAGUACGGCCAAAAGCCGAUCAAAGGCUCCCCGUAUCCGAGAGGUUAUUAUCGGUGCAGUAGCUCGAAAGGAUGUCCGGCAAGAAAACAAGUGGAGAGAAGCCGAUUGGAUCCGAAAAUGCUACUCGUAACGUAUUAUUGCGAGCACAACCACAAUUGGCCGGUUUCCAAAGCCAAAACCGCCGCGAAAACUCCGUUAUCGGAAGAUGAAGAUGAAGACGACGAAGACGAAGACGAGGAAGAAGAAGUAGAGAAGAAACACCGGAUCGAUCUAUCCGAUCAAUCUCGUCACGACGAAGUUGCGGCGGCGGAGGAUAGCAAAUUCGGCGGCGGCGGAGAAGGGAUGUCGAUUCAAAAUGGCGAAUUCGGAUGGUUUACGGAUUUCGAUUGCGGAAAUUGGAUUUUGGAGAGUCCUAUGCUGGCGGAGGAGAGGAUCAGCGCCGACAGCGAGAUGGCGAUGAUUUUCACGAUGCGGGAGGAGGAUGAGUCGCUGUUCGCGGAUCUCGGCGAGCUGCCGGAGUGCUCCACCGUGUUCCGCCGUGGGAUGGUGGAGAGGGAGGCGGAGCGGAGGCGGUCGGAAUUGGCAGCCGCCGCAUGCCCUUGAUCCGGAUUAGGAUUUAGAUUUUUUAUUUAAUUAAUUAAAGAAAUGUUAUGAGAUAAAGUUUUUUUUGUGUUUAAUGUAAUUUUUACUGUUUGUCAACACUUAACAGCGUAGUGGUUAGAAAAAUAAAAGAAGAAGGUUGGUGUUAAAAAUUUAAUCUCCUUGUAAUUAACACUUUUUGUCGUUUAUGUUAUGUUCAUUCCACAUUGUUAUUUCAGAAAUUCAAUUGUAAUGGUAAUUUGCCGUAAA